UUCUUCGUGGACUACGGCUUUUCUCUUUUCUGGACUCUUCUUUCCAAUUCUAUCUCUGUCUCACAAACCUUCUCUCAAUCCUGGCCUUGCUCUCCCAUCUCGAGUUCUCUCUGUGUCUCGGCUUUUUCCAAAAAAUGGUUAAGUCGGUAAAAUUUGUUUAGAUCCUUUUGUCGGAGGCUGCAGACGACAACGCUCGCUUGCUAAAAAAUAGUCAGUUUGAUCUCGAUUUGCAGAAAAUUUGGAGCGGAUCACGUUUCCUGCUGCCGAUUUGGAGAUCCGGUUUUUCGGGUUUCUGACAUUAAGCUGAAGUAACUAGAGUUGAGAAAUAACAAUUGGAGCUUAGAGUCUUUGCAUAUGAAAGUUGAAUAUGAGCCUUUGAAAGGCUUUGUAAACGUGUUCUCAAUUGUAGGGCAUUGGAUAGCAAUUUUGGGUUUUUAUAAAAAUUCACCUUCAAAGAUUGAGUAAAAAUAUAUAAAGGUUGUUGGUGAUCGGUAUAAAGACAAUAAAAAAGGGUCGAGAGAUCAACACAGAAAGCGUAAGAAAUAGAUGAACAAAGCAGAUUGAGCUGAAUAAUCUCGAUCAAACAACAUUCAUAAUUAAAUCCUAAUACCCCAAAUAAUAUCAACCGAUCAGCUCACCUAAACACUAUUCGCUACGACGUCCUUCGGUUCUAAGAAGCUUCAAAAUUUGACGCAACCAAGGACGUAGGUUUUUACUGUUUAGAGUACAUGAUCUUGCCGAGAUUUCAGCUCGUCUUCUUUAGAUUUAGACGACGAGAUCCUGCAAAUGGUUAGGUUUUCACUGAAUUGUAGUUCGGUUGAGGGUUCGGAGGAGGUUGCCCAAGAACGAAGGACAGUUUACUAAUCGGUUUCAUUGGUCCUGGGAUAGCUCUUGUGGGUUUUGUUUUUGGAUUCCUAGGCUUAGUUUUGGCUGAUUUCACUCUCAUUGAUGACAGCCAUGGCCGGUGAAACAAUUGUUGACGAUCAACGCCAACGCACUUUGAAGGCAUUGGAACGAAGGUUUGAGGCUGCCCAAGUCGAGCUCGAUUUACAUCAAAAGAAGACUGUCAAGAGAUCAAAAACCGAUGAAGCUGGAAAGAAAUCGCAGAUUGCAAGUUCUUUGGCUGUUAAUUCUUUACCAAAUUUAGCAAAUCCAUCGGCCUCAAGUUCAACUCCAUUUAAGAAAGGAGCUUUCACUUUUUCGGGGUAUAUUAAUUCACAAGAGAUCGACGAAAGUGGUCCAACAUAUGCAAAACUAGUUCAAUCUGUUGAUGAGAAUCUGCUGGCAACUAGUGUUGAGGUCUCUGGCGGUAGAAAGGAGAGUAAAGUUGAUAAGGUUUUGCACGAGCUUCUUCAGAGUGGAGACUCAGCUCAGAAGUACAUGCAAGGAUCCAGAAGUAAGAGAAUUGACAAUUGGAUUCUCCUCGAUAACUAUGUGCAAGGACGUGGCGUUUCAACUGGCUCUAGUGCCAGGGCCCUGCAGAUUCAUUCCAAGCGUUCUAAAAAGCACAUGUCAAUGAAACAGCAAAAAAGGAAGGGAUUGUUUGAUUUUCCUAAAGAUUUUCAUAGCUUUGAUAAAUUUAAGCCAAUGCAUGAGUUGUGGAAAGGCUAUAUUAUGCAACUCUUAAAAACUACUGGAAAAAAUCAGCUGGCUCAGUGUAUUCUUAGUGCAGAUCUACAUGGUGCUAUUAUUUCAGUUGCCGAGUGUAAAGUAACUUCAUACACUGGAGUGAGUGGUAUCAUGAUUCGUGAAACAGCAGAAACAUUUGGGAUAAUUACACAGGAUAAUAAAUUCAGAGUGGUGCCCAAAAAGUUUUCUGUGUUUAUAUUUCAAGUUGAUUGCUGGAAGAUUACCUUGCACGGGGACAAACUCACUUCAAGAAACUUGGGCUUGUAAUUGUUUCAGAACAGUUAAGAGUUUAACAAUAUCAUUGACAGUCGUUCGACAAUGUUGGUUGGUGGAUGAGCGGCUGAGACCAGCUUUGGCAUUGAACAAUCGAGAAGAACUAUGAUCACAAAAGGAAGGGGAGUGGACUCUUGCAGGUACCAGCUGGUCUUCAGUAUGCCGCUUUACAAUUCUUUGCUAGGCGUCAAAUACAAUUAAUUGGGAGUUUUUCGUUAAAGUUCCCAAUUAAUAGAUGUACGAAGCUGUGCAAUUCUAUAGUUAUCUCUUCCAUAUUUCACUAUGGCAGCCCAUCUCUUACAUGUUUCAUAAUCAUGGAAGAUGUUUUAUUUUUGAC